UCUUUUAAUCAGUUAAGAAUUCUCAAUAAUUUCAAGUUUUGUUUGAGUCAGAAGCACGAACUAUGAGAGGAAAUUAGGGUUUGGCCCCCAUUUUGGCCUCAUUAAAACCAAAGUUGCUAGUUGUGGUGUUUACAUUACACCAGCUUGAGGGGAGAAGGAAGGGAAUUCUUCUGUGUAUUAACUGUCUGGGUGAUUUUCUGCAGCUGCUUUGAGGAAUAUGUCUGUUACUUACAUUGUAACUUGGAUUCUAUAGACAUGUGGCAAAGAGCACAGUUCUCCAGCAAGCAAGAGUUUGACUGAUGGAAAACAGAAAACAGCAAUCUGAAGGAAAUCUUGCUGGAGGAGGAGCACGAAACAGAAAUUUACUGUUGAAACCAGACUUCUGCUCUGGGCUUAAGUACCACACUCAAGCCAGUUCUGCCAGAUUUGAGUGUGGCUCUGCACAGAUGUAAGGAACUACUUUUUGGACCUAACUAAGCUGAGAGCUUCAAUAUUUUUCUGGCAUUCAAACUGAUGUGGGAAUACAUGGAUUGUACUAAGGGACGUGGUUUAGCGAGGAAGUAUUGGUGCUAGGUGGGCAGUUGGACUGAUGAUCUUGGAGGUCGUUUCCAACUGUGAUGAUUCUAUGAUUCUGUGCAUGGCAACAGAAGAAACGUGUAUAGCAGACAAGCGUUUUUUUUCUAUUUAAUCUGCCUUUUUUCUGGCUUUCCACUUUCUUGCAGCUCAGCGCUUGCAACAGUGUAGGUGUAAGCCUGAACUGUCAAGGUUUCAACUCAUUUAUUUUUCUGUUUAUUUCAGAACCCAGCAGACUUACUGAUUGGCGGUCAUGUCGGUCAAACUCACAUUCGUCUCUUCUGGUGAUGGAGGUGGUAUCAGUAGGAGUUGUUCCUUCACUGGAUUCAGCACUGUGCAAAGCAGAAAAUUAGCAAAGUCUCUCAGCAGAAGCUCAGUGAGAUCAAGAAUGUCAUUGAAAUCCUCCAAGGCUUAUUCUUCACUGCAGAAAGGGGCAGUCAUCUGGGAUCCAAAACCACUGCAGGUGAAGAAAAUUUUUGAAGCUUUGAAGAAAGGACUUAAUGAGUACCUAGAAGCACAUCAGACUGAAUUGGAUUAUCUCUCUGAUCGACACAAAGAUACAAAAAGGAACUCCAGAUUGGCCUUCUACUAUGACCUUGAUAAGCAAAUUCGUUCUGUGGAGAGAUACAUUAGAAAACUGGAGUUCCACAUAAGCCAAGUAGAAGAACUCUAUGAAGCUUAUUGUAUCCAGUGCAGACUACGAGAUGGCGCCACUAAUAUGAAACAUGCCUUUUCCUUGUCUCCUUCCACCAAAGCCUCCAGGGAGAGCCUAGUGGAGCUCUAUAAGAACUUUCAGGAGUGUACAGAGGACAUGUGCUUCAUAGAAGGGGCGUUAGAGGUCCAUUUAGGAGAGUUUCACUUGAAGAUGAAAGGCUUGGUGGGAUUUGCACGUCUCUGCCCAGGUGACCAGUAUGAGGUUUCUGUGCGACUGGGCCGCCAAAAAUGGAGGUUGAAAGGCAAGAUUGAGACUGAUGACAGCCAAACGUGGGAUGAAGAAGAAAAGAUCUUUAUACCCAAUCUGCAUGAGCAGUUUGAAAUCAAGGUGACAGAACUGCGAGGACUGGCCACAGUUCUAGUUGGUGUCGUGACAUGUGACAGCAUAAACUUCUUUACAACCAAGCCUCAAGCAAUCAUUGUGGAUAUAACUGAACUGGGCACUAUCAAGCUACAGCUGGAAGUCCUCUGGAAGUGCGGGAUAGAUAGAAGCCUUGUGCUUCCUCACAGCAACCACAGUUACUAGGCCUGAUCUCUGAUUCUGUGGAUCCACUCCCUAGGGAGGUGGAGGGAAAGAAAAGAACCUAUUUCUGUGACACUUUUGUUCCGUUAUCUAUUAUUAAUGUUAUCACAACCAUGGCUAGCCACAAGA